ACUGAGCACUGCCCGGGUCUUCGAUGCUCCAUUCAUGCCACCUUCCAGCUUUGCUGUGUGACUGCUCGAGCCACUCGUGGGAUGUUGUGAGCUCUGCUUUUGCAAGAGCCACUUUCUCUCCCUCCACCGCCCUCGCUCGGUCUGUAUCCGACAGGAGGCACGCCAGCCGCUUGGAUGAUCUGAUUCCUUUCCUGCCCUAAAUUACUCCUGCCCAGAUGCAGUGGAUACUUUUCAUGUUGCUGUUAUUCAUCAACUCCAUGGAAAUGCUCCUGCAGAACAGAAGGAAGAAACAAGCGAGCGCUGGCUUGUUUGAGAACUGCACGGGCUGCGUCAUGUGCUCGGAGGAUAACGGGUGCAUUGCCUGCCAGCAGCGUCUCUUCCUGCUGAUCUGGAGAGAUGGGAUCCGCCAGUAUGGGGCGUGCGUCCACGCCUGCCCACCUGGCUACUUCGGGCUGCGAGGCCAAGAGGUCAACAGAUGCACAAAGUGCAGGUCGCCAAACUGCGAGAGCUGCUUCAGCAAAGAUUUCUGCAUGAAAUGCAAAGAGAAGUUUUAUUUGCACAAAGGGAAGUGUUUCAGCGCGUGCCCGCCGAACACCACGGCCCAGCCCAGCACCAGGGAGUGCCAGGAGAUGUGUGAGAUGGGACCCUGGAGCGAAUGGAGCCCCUGCAGCAACGAGGGGAGAACAUGCGGCUGCAAGUGGGGAUCGAAGACCAGGACGCGCGAAGUGGUCAGGAGUACCAAAGAGGAGGUGCUGACCUGCCCGGCCCUGCUGGAAUCCAGGAAGUGCAGAAUGAGGAAGCAUUGCCCUGGAGAGAAGCCCGAGACCAUCAAGAAAACAAAAAGGGAAAAGAAACAGAAGAAGCAGAAGGCAGAUUCGCUGGCAUGCACCUAACCAGCAUCCUCACAGGUGGGACUCCGGGAGGCAGCACUGGGGGCGGCCCCAUGGGAGAACCGUGGGGCACAAAGGAGGUCUUCACCCUGAGGUCUCAGCAAC